AUGAUGUUUAGCACAAAGAAUCGAGACAACGACUUUUCCAAUGGAACCUGUGCACAAUUUUGUAAAGGGGCUUGGUGGUACAAGAAUUGCCAAUGGUCAAAUUUGAAUGGUCUGUACACUGGAAAUGGGCCUGCGGGUGUUACGUGGUAUCACUGGAAGGGGAAUUAUACUCCUCUCAAGGAAUCCGAGAUGAAAUUAAAGCCCCAUCGAGGUAAGUUAGUAGAAUAGCAUAGGACGUGUACAGAGAUAAUUUGGGGAAAAUGGUAGGUUUAGAGUUCGCAGUGGCCACGAAGGUAGCGAAAAGAGUGCAAAUUCUCUCUCCUGUUAUGGCUGUUAACCCUUUGUCCCCCAACAGUGAAUAUCAUAAACAGUUAGGAAUAUAUGAAAGUCAUAUAUCUAAACUGCGGAUAAAGACGUGAAUGAAAGUGAUCCUCGCAGUAAUGUGCACUACUUGAGCAGUAGUGAAAAUAAGGCCUGAAAAGAAAAUUCAGGCCUGUACGGGAUUUGAACCCAAGACCUCUGCGAUACCGGUGCAGUGCUCUGCCAACUGAGUUAACAAGCCAACUGGGAGCUGGUCAUGAUGUUGGUUCCAAAUAAACCCGUGAAGUGAUGAAUAGCACCGCACCGGUAUCGCAGAGGUCAUGGGUUCAAAUCCCGUACAGGCCUGAAUUUUUCUCAGGCCUUAUUUUCACUACUGCUCAAGUAGUUCACAUUAGUGCGAGGGACAGUGACUAUCAUCUAAUUUCUCCUUACAAUAUCACUCUUGAAUCAAACAUUAGGGUCAUGAGAAUAGAAGAAAUGAUCACCAACUAAAGCAGCUCUUGAUUAUUAAACAAAUUCUCUUUGUCAGCACCUUGGGAAAUGUAUAGUGAAUAGUAUGGAGAAUGUGGAUACUGAUGUCAGGGGAUAAUGGGUUAACAGACGUACGAUAAGUGCUAUCGAUCAUGACAUAGUUAGGGGAGGGGAGGGAAAGCAACGGCGAUGGAAAGACUGUGAUGUCAUCAAGUGAGAUAUAAAGGUAGCUGCUAUCUUGGACUUACCUACGAAACUUUUAAAAUUGGCGAUUAGCUUCAGCUUUUUUCACCGAGUAAGAUGAAAAUCUACCUCGAUGCUUGCUAGCAUAGAAGAAAAAUGAAAUCCAAAGUACACUAUUAAUUCUAGAUUAAUUUCAACCUGAUGUAAAGACUGUUUUAUUUUUUAUUACCAUUAUUUUCUUUCCUUUUCAAAGAACGUGAUUGGUCAUAUGACUUGGUAUUUAGUGGGAGGCCAGAAGAUUUCGUAUACCUCCCCCGAAUCACUGACCUUCAGGAUGUAACAGCCUGUUGGUGGUUGAAAACCAAAACAACGUCAAGCUGGUCAGAAGUAUUCUCAUUGCGUCAAUAUCCAGAUCAAGUUGUUCUAAGCUUCUCUUUCGGGAGUAGUGCCACCUAUGCCUUUCAAGUGCACGACUAUAGGAUGUAAGUUUUGACUUACUAGGAAGCUCGAAUACUCUAGCUGUGGCCGGACUCACAAACUCAAAAUUUAGUUUGAUUCACCUGGCCGGCAAAAACUUAAUCAUCAAAGACUAGUAGCCACCUCACUAGUACGGUGCACACAACUUUACAUGGGUUGACCCCUGGAUAUCUACAAUCUCGAUGUACAUCCCGAAAUGAUAUUACUUCGUACCGACUGUGGAAAUCUGAGAAUAAAUCGGCUGUUCCACAGUAUAAUCGGUUGCACUAACUAUUUGAAGAGGAGUUUUCCUUUGAGGGUGCUAUGUAGUUGAACAGCGUUUCCCGUGAACUCUGAUCAACAGUUUCUUUAGGUGAAUUUAAAAGUAAACUGCGUCAUUAUAACUUUUCAAUGAGACGGCAUCCUAGAAAAGAAGCUUUAAAGAUAUAGUAGGUUUUUAUUCUAAUAGUAUAGCAUUAAUUGUUAGUUUAGCUCGGAAACGACUUAUCCCUCCUCUGUUUCCGCUGAAAACAAAAUGAACCAGCCCAAAAUCCUCCACACACCCCCCUGGUAAUAAAUGAUGACUGGCCACUUAUGUGAAGCUUUCUCACAGCACUUGAAACCCAAUCUUGCUCGCUAUAAAUGUUUUUCUAUUAUCGAUCACUAGGACCUUCACCGUUUACGAUGCUGUUAUAGCUGAUGAUGAGUGGCAUCACGUGUGCAUUGCAAGGUUCUCUAGAGAUGGCAGCUGGAUAUUUUACACCGACGGGGUUAAGAAAGAAGGAGGAGUUGACCUAUCCAGUAACUUUAACACUGGAAACGGUUAUUUGAAGUUUGGAAUGAUCAGAGGCGUCACUACUGGCUUUAACAUGUGGGAUCAAUACAUGAAUAGUACGUCUCAGAUUGAGAAGAUAGCGCAUGCGUGUUCAUCAUUGAUCGGAAAUAUCGUGCCGUGGCCAGAAGUAUAUUUAUGGCGGAAGGGAAAUGUGCCCAAAGUCAGCACUUCACUCUGUAAAUUCCAAGGUAAGUAACCAAAGAGUUCUUCCCUACUCUUCCUCCACUAGCUUUAGAAAGGGAAGGGGAAGUGUGAAAACCAUAGUAAGAGACGGAGCAAGGGAAGGGAGAAGUUUCUUUUCGCAUAAGCGAAGUACGAAAAAGUUUCCUGGGAGGGAGAUUUCCCAGCAAGCAGCAUACAAAAAGUUGCGCUUUCAUUAGGGAUUUAACUUUGUGUUAAACCUUUACAGAAUCAUCACAUUGGAACUUCGAAAAAUCUUCGAUAUCCAAUCAGAGUUAUGAUGGUCUUUCUGGUAAAAAAGGAACCUUCCUAACUGAGAACUGGGAUUCUCUAAAAGGUGCGGCCAGCGUAACGGCGUCAGAUUUCAUCGAUUUUGACAGCCACGAAUCAGAGUGUCUGAAUGAACCAUCUCUUUGUCAGCAUGGUUUUUCGCUGAGUUUUUGGCUACGACAUAAAUGUAAGUUUGGUGUUUAUUUAAUAUAUGCGUAUCAGUAGUCGGAUGCUUACCACCGAGAGGAAAAGUUGAGCUGCGUGGACUGGUGGCGAGAAAUUUCAUAUACCACUGUGUUGUCGUAGUUCUAGUCAUCCAUAUUUCUAUUUAAAAAACCAAAACAGAAAAACUUGCGCACUUUUUCUUCUUCAUAUUCAAACAGUCUUGUACGUACUUUAGCCUGUGAUAAGCAGGCGAGGUUCUAACAAGUCUAAAGUAUGAUGGAGAUUUAAUUUCACUUCUGCUUAUGGUUUAGAAGCGAAUGAAUUAUCUUUCCCAAACUCCUGAUCACCUUCGUGGAAAAAACCAACAAACGUGAAAUCCUUUGGAAUUCCAAUUUGAGCCUUGGUAUCUUAUUGCAGUUCACUUCAUUACUAACAUCGCUGGGUUUAAUGAUGAACAUGAUGCAUUUCUUGGAACUCUGCUGGAUGGUGCUAUUUCCAGAGAAGGCAACUGGUAUCGCUGUUUCAAAGCUUUUCCCGGCUGGCAGGGACAACAUUUUCACGCGGCAUGCGACGGGAAAGGACCAACAGUUACAAUUAUAAGAGUACGAGAGAACAUAUUCGGUGGAUUUCUUGACAAAAGCUGGGGAGGUGAGUAUUUUGGUCCAAACUGAUUUUCAUAUCAAAGACACUUUGGAACAUUGAUACAUAAUCUUAUUAUAAUCGCACUGUUAAACAAACUUGAGGAAGAAGACAUGCGACUAAAAUCUUUUUUCUCGUAAUAAUUUCUCUCUCACUGCCAAAGCUGUAAAGAAAAUUUAAUCUGUAUGAGAAAGGAGAAAAAUUGUUGCUAUUGCAAAUUAAGAAUUUUUUGCAAUGUUUAGUGCUUUGUUUAGAUACCCACACUUCCCCUACUUGAAUCGAACAGCCAAAAGAAAAAACUUGUUUCAAACAAGAUCCUAACUUCUGUAUUAAAUUUUCGAGCGCACCUCCAAUCACUAAGCUCCUCUCACCACCCCACCCCCGCAACCCCUUCAACCCCUUCAACCCCUUCAUUUAAAGGGAGGUACGAGUCAUGUUUCUUGCCUUGCCUGUUUUCGUUAGGCAAUGACGGAUUUAUCAACAGCUCAAAGGCGUUUAUCUUCAGUUUAAAGAAUUUACGAGGACUUGCUUCUUUCAAAAUGGAUAUUAAGUCUGACCUUUGGACUAAAGCAGCCAAACAACGCAGCCAGUCUGGACCCAUAUUUGGCGAAACUGACCUCGUGAUUGACUCCAAUCCCACUGCGUCCAUGGAGUCAUCAACAGAUCUUCCCAACGCUUACCAAUUUCCUUCCCAUAUAAACUUGACAUCAGAUGAACAAGAUAACUUACUAGCGGGUAGAAAAGGAUUUGUAGUGGAUGACUUGGAAACGUUUUAUUACGAAUGUAAGAUUCUAUGAUUAUCAACUGAGUUGAUAACGUAAAUUGGCCACCGUGAAGAGUUUUAAAGCUGACGUUUCGAGCGUUAGCACCUCGUCAGACCGAUAGACGAAGGGCUAAUGCUCAAAACGUCAGCUUUCAAACUCUUAACGGAGGCCAAUUUGCGUUCUCAACUCAGUUGAUAAUUAAAACCAUAAUAUUUUGCUAAGAUCACAAUAUUCCAAGGGAGAAUGGCUCAGGGAAAUGGAAUAGGGCGAGGCCCAGAUUAGAUUACGCAUAGAAAUCGACGUCUUGGAGGACCGAGCGUGUAGGAUUUUGCAGACAUGGCUAGAUGUUGUCUCUAAAAUGGCGGCGUCCAUCGUGGAAUUCGAACGGUUAGGAUACUCUAGGAAUUUCAAAAUGCGUUAAGGAUUAGAUUUUGAAGGUUCUUUUGCAAUGGAACAUGAAACUAUUAUGUGCUCUCUUAAGCGUUCGCGAGUUUCAAAUAACACUGGUAUAAAAAAUUGAGCGUCAAUGCUUUUAUACACAAAGCGAUUCUGGUUUUGCGUUAUUGUAAAUUUAAAUUCAUAACGUUGUAAUUUUCCCAAGUAAUUCCUCUUGCAUUGUGAAGAUGUAUAUUGUUACUGCAUCAAUGGCGAAUAUAAUAACUUUUCUGUCGCAUGCUCAUUCACUUUCAUUCCAUGGGCUGCUUCUCAAUUUAUCUGUCCACCUUAGUUUCUCCAUCAGUUCGCUGUCCACCUGGUUGGGAGUAUUUUGAAGGUUCCUGUUACUGGCUGACAAGCCACCGAGCAUCUUGGUCAAAAGCCAUGACGCUCUGUCGUCAUCAAGGCGCAGAUCUUCCCAAAGUGUCGUCAGCUCAAGAGAACGAUUUCCUCAAAAGGAACGGAACGUACUGGUGGCUGGGUCUGAAACGAGACGAAACGCACGGGAGUAUAUUCAAGUGGAGCGAUGGAUCUUUACCAACCUAUACGAACUGGGAUUCCUAUGAGCCCAAUGAUCAUAAUGGAAAUGAAGAUUGUGCUUGCUAUCAUACGCACCAGACGUCCAAGUGGAAUGAUUUCGGAUGCGGGGCAACGUCGAGACACGUUGCUUGCGAAAAAGGUUUCUGCAAUUUCCUUGAGAUUUUUGUUUAAAUUCAGGUUUCUUAUGCCAUAGUAGUUACUCUAAGGUAGCUAUCGUACUCUUUUUAUAAUUAGUACUGUCGUACUUUUUGUUGCACUCAGCGAUGCUCAUGGUUCUAAUUAGUAGCAUGCCUUUUAUUUACCUUUACGUCAUUUUUUGGCGUCUCAUGUUGAAUGAUUUCAAGCCACUAUUCGCGGGUUUUUGUAUGAUACGACUAGUUAAAUUGCUCCAAGCAGCGAAUGUUUAAAGUUGAUCACAUUAAUUAAGAAAUGGUUAGCAUGCAGCGUGUAACCAUCGAAUUAUGGAUGCACCCAGGAGGUUGCUAAGCAAGAAAGAAACGAAAGAGUCGCACAGGGCGAUAGCCGAGUGUGACUCUAGCUUGUUGAAUGCUUAGCAAAUUUUUUAGGUGCAUCCAUAACUCGAUGGUUGCACACCGCACGCUAAUCAUUUCUUUAAUAACAUUGAGAAUUACAAACAUCUUUCGUUUCAUGUAGAAAAAAAAACUAUAACAACAACAGGAACUAACAUCAGCAUGUAGCUUACGGGCAAGUGGAGCGAGCGUAUUAGCUAUCACAGCGCGCGCUUUUGUAAAGCUAUCCAUAAAUUUCAACAAUAUAGUUGUUAACGCUGUGCUCUCAAUCCAACUAGCCAAACCUCUUCACAUGAGCAAACCUAAUUCGAGGUAAUGUGAAUGAUGUCGAACUAGAGGGGAGGCGAACUAUGAAGCAAAAGGGUUGAAUGUCCUCUAAUUUUGCCAAAUUUUUCCAAACUUGAAAAUGGUAUGCUUUAAAGCGCCUUUAAACAACAUUCGAGCGCUAAAAUUGAGAGCCAAAUUAGGGAUUUCAUUUUAUACUGCUGGAGAUCAUCGUCGUAAUUGAAUGGGAUAGCAGAAAAAAAUAUUCGCAGGAAACAUUUUCCAGUCAAAACUCAGGGCACUGAUUUGUUUAGACCUGUAAAAGAAAAAGACGAGAGGCUCGUUAUGAUGUAAGCAACGCAAAAUACAUACUUAGUGACGCAUCUACAAAUUCAUGAUUUGCAUGUCAUUAAAAUGCACAUUUAUUUGCGUUUCGGUCAUUUUGAACUUCAUGAAAAGGGCACACUUCCUUUUAAUUUAAACAUUCCUUAACAACGCAAUUGUUAAAUACAUUAACACACUGAUGUCAGUAUGCAAAUAAUGCUUAGGUGAUAUCUAUUUUUGCUAUUUCGAUUUCUACCCAGAUAGCAUAGAUGUCAUUCUUACAACGAAAAGCAUAGGUGAGCACAAUCCUGGUGUUCUUCUUGGAUACCACGAGUUCAACAAUAAGUACCAUCUUUCGGUGUCAACGAGAACGCAUAACUGGAAAUUAGGGCUUCCGAAAUUUCCUCUGGGAUGGCAACACGUGGGUAUCACGUGGAGUAAACAGUGGGGACUACGCUUCUAUCAAAAUGGCGUCCUAACAGCAGAGUCAACCAAUCCUUCAAGGAUUCGUUACGAAUUCGAGGAUAAAAAUACACACUUUUUCAUAGGACGAGAUUCGUCCGAUUCGCCCUUACCAAGACGGUUCCACCUACAGAUUGCGGACUUAAGGAUGUGGGAGUUGGUUAUUCCCCAACAAAGAAUGGCUGCUGUUUACAGUAAUGCAGGUGACCAAUUUAUUCCUUAAGGUUUCAUUUUCUCAUAUUCCCUCUCUGGCUUGCAUAUCUUUGGUUAAUAACUACAUGCUUAGUUUAAUCUGUUGGGUUUUUAGCCCUCCCUUGGUACGCGUGGAAAAGCGAAUACGGACAAGAAUUUCAGUGGAAGCUAAAAGAAGAUCGUCAGGAAGAUAAUCCUGGAGAUUCGAAUGACGUUGAAAAUCCCUUCUCUCUAGAGUACGGUCAGUAUAUUUAUCGUCACAGCUAUGCCUUACGAUGUCGCCCUCUUAAAGGUCAGAAGAACUGUCGUUUAUACCUUAAUAUUGUUUGGUUUUUUAUUCAUAUAACGAAAAUACAUCAGAAAAAAACCGACACAACUCCUAUAGGGUAGGAUGAACCUUGGUCCGUUUCUUCAUGAACCGGAGUUGCUCUUCUUGCGUAAAAUUUAGUGUGAGGCGGACUGAAUCUCCUUUCUUCGAGGCUUUUUAACUUUAAAAUCAAAAUGCCAGAGGAACGAUUUAUGCACUUGAUGUCCUAACCGAUGAAAAUAAUUUCUAUGUUCAUUCAGUUCUGCAAAAAUUUGGGAAAUUCCAACUUAUUUCAGCUUAAAAGAGACUUCGUAUGGUUGGUAAGGGUUCAGUACCAUAAUUAGAGCUUCACUUUCAAUGAAGGAUCGUGGAAAAAUUUGUUCAUAAGAACUAAAAAAAUUUGUUGUAAACCCUGCAGUUAUACAAAAUUGUUCAUUUUAAGUCAGAAUAUCUUACUAAUAUUUUAAAUGUUGUAGCUGGAGACUCACUUUCCUUACGUUUCGCUGCGUCGGAAGAUCUUUAUCGGAUUUUUGUAUUUUUUUGUGGUUCUACUAUACUUAAUGAUGUUUUUACUAUUAAAAGUUACUAUGUUUACUUAUUCCCAUCGUAGAAUACAAUCAUAUCGGAUGUUUUAAAACUGACUCUGGACCGCUGAUACCAAGUUUGGAAGGCACCGACCCUCUCCUGGAUGGCGACUACACCACUAGAGUAGACGUUUUCAAGAAAUGUCUCAACGCUGCGCGUAGAGGAGAUAAUACGAUGUUUGCUAUCAAAAAUGGUGGGGAGUGUCUAUCCUCCUCGGGAAACCUUACAGAUGUUAUUGCAAAAUAUGCACCAUCUAACAUGUGUGUUAAUAAUAAAGGCGGACCCAAUGCCAUGGAUUUUUACUUUGUUAUAGGUGAGGGUAUUCCAACUUUUUCUGAAUUCUUAGAUUUAAAUUUCCUUUAGUGAGGUAUCAACCAAGAACUCCUUAUUAAAUAUAGUUUAAAACAAAUGGUUUGUCCGAAAAUCCAUCUUUCAGUAUUCUUGCGUGAACUGUAGACAAAAAUUACACGUUAUCAUAACGCUUAACCUUGAUUAGUGCAAAGAAUUCUUGCAAAGAGGUGGUCUUUACAGGCCUCGUAUCAAUCGAAAUUCCAAUUAAACAUCAUACAUUAAAGUUUUUUAGCUAGAUCAGUAUAUAUGGUAUAUAUGUCAUACCACCACAAUCCAAAUCAAUGAUUCAAGGCGAAACUAAGAAAACUGUAUAAGAUGUGGAACCAAAUGGCCAAAUUUCUGAUAACUCGUGGAAUAUAUAUAAGCCAUGACUUGGAGAAAGAACGCAAAAUAAUUAUGACUUGUAGCGCUGUAGAUAGAAGCUAUAUGUAUUUGUCCAAAGUAAUUUUUAAAAAUUCACUUCUCCAGUUUAAGGGCAUCCUCGGGGCUGAAGGAAAUUUCCCAUGAUAAGAAGUCUUUGCUCAAUGGAGAUAACAGAUACAAAGUUAAGGGUGCAAACUGAUAUUUUUCUCUCUCUGCAGGUAAUAACAAUGCCGCAUAUCGAAGGCUGACCUUCCAAUCGAGUGAGAUUCAUUCGUCGUCUUUCGCCACCGAUGGCAGUCGUUACAAUUCACCCACGGAAAAAUGCAGCCUUACAAGAUCAGAGAAAGAUCCAUGGUGGAUGGUGGACCUAGAAAGAGACAUAUUGGUUCGUGAUGUAUAUGUCUUUGUGUACUAUGAACUCCAAAGGAACUUUUUGUUGGAGAUAAGAAUUGGAAAUCAUGAUGGGGCAAGUUUACAAGAAAAUCCUUUGUGUGGCGUUCCAUUUAGAUUGAGGAACUCAACUUGGCAAAGAACUCGUUGCCCUGUACCUCUACGAGGGAGAUAUGUGAGUAUCAUGAGGAUUGUGGACGACGGAAGUUUGCAACUUUGUGAGGUAGAGGUUCGGGAAGAAGGUUAGUAAAACGGAUUGUGCCAGGGUCAAUGAGAAGAUAACUUAAAAUUGCUAGUAACAGCGAACGGUAGUUUCGCUUUGACUGAUCACUGCUGAUACCGUAAAUUGAUGGACGACAAAGUAUUGGUAUAGGUUUUUUCAGAACUCCAUUUAUGUCUAUUUAUCAUGAUGCCCGCUCACUUAAAACUUGAUGAUUACCAUGUUUUCUUGAUGACAGGGUUCAAAAUCUUCAUCAACUCUCGGUUCUUUAUGAGUUAAUGCGCUUUUUAGUUACUUCAGCUCUCUGCGUGUGUUGCAUGAAAUCUCAAACGUCUUUGCAAUGGACUGGAUUCCAGAUUUUCUGACGUAAUUGCGUUACCUAAGUGCAUGAAUCUCUUGCAAUCUUUAUUCUUCCUUCUGAUUGUGGACAACGUUCGACGAAGGGCUGGUUCCCAAAACUUCUGGUUUGAAACUCUUUACGGCGGCCAAUUUACGUUAGCAACUCAUUUGAUAAUACUAAAUUACUAUUUUAUACUCUCCCACAAGACGCAAUACCACAGUUUCUUUAGAAACUUACCCCCUUUAUUCAUUGACUAUAUCAGAUCCUUUAAUAAUGCUACUAGAGUGUAACCUGGGCUGCUCAUGACUGAAUCACUACAGCCAAUCAGAAGAAAGAGAAAUCUCAUACGGAGCCAGUGAGGACACAAUUUAAAAACGAGCAAUGUGCUUGAGGCGCGGAGAAAAUAUUUGGAUUGGUUUUAGUUUUAUACCUACUUGGCUGAUAAAUUGGCAAUACCGGAGAACCUUCAACGCUCUGUUGAAAAUUGUUCUAUAUUCUAAAUAGCCCCCAAACAAUUGUAAUGUUUUGCAUUUUUUUUUCAGUGAUAAACUACGCCCAAUCGAGCUUGGCCUACCCUCGUCAAACCGGAAAUCUCUCUGUCCUGGAAAGCCAGUUCCUUGUAGAGACAUAUAAUUGUUUGAGGUUUUAUUACUUAAUGUCUGGAGAAAACGUUGGCAGGUUAAAUGUCUACAUUAUUGACCAUGAUAGAAAGGUAGCGUUGUCUUGGCGACUGACCGGUAGUCAAGGAGAGGACUGGGAACUUGGUCAAUUUCGCAUCGAUGCCGCCCAGGGUUUUAAGGUUAGUAAUUUGUUGGCAGAAAGGAAUGAUCUUUUUCUCUAAAGACAGAAAAAAAAAUCUUCAUGUUUCUGCUUUUCAGAUCAAAUUUGAAAGUGUAAGCGGAGACAACAGCUAUGGUCAGAUUGGCAUCCGAGACAUUUCGGUAGGUGUUAACGAAGACUGCGCAUGUGCUCCAACUCAGGCCUGCACGAAACCAGGUGAGACAAUCUUCAAAUAGAUUUGACGCAGAUUUCCUUAUUGAAAGAAUAUCUCCCACCGGAGAUUUGACAUUUGGCUGGAACUUUGGACUUUGCAUCUCGUGCAGGAGAUGACUUGAUGACUGUAACUAUGGAUGGUAGAAGCUAGAGUCUCUUUGAAUACAUUUCUUAUAAACUUAAGUUUUCAUUUCCGAAUUUUGGCGUGGAAGUACGAUAUGUUAGCCUCUCCCAGAUUCGACUGUGUAGAAGUGUGUGAUUUCAAUGAUCGGGAUGAAAAUAAGAACGAUGACAGCAGUCUCGACAACGAGAAUGAUGAGAAUAAUGAUGUAGAUAAGCAUUAAAUCUCCUGUGCGAUAGAUUAUAUUUGUUUAACGUCGUGUUUCAAAUGAAAUAUUGACCCUUGAGACCAAAUUCUUAAGGAGCCAAGGUGAUUCAUUUGUGAAUGGGAACAUUUAUUGUUGAUGUCAGUGGAAUCUGAUCGUUACUUCUCCUAAAACUGUCCAAACGUUAAUCCUCGUCUGUGACAAGGGCCCUUUUCAGGAUUACCCUCAGCUCAAGGAAUAUUAUCAAUCUUCCUCUUAUGGUUUUCGAUAUCGUGUUAUAUUGUUGAUGUUGUUGCUGUUGUUGUUGUUUUUUUUUAAUUAGGAGUUUGACCCAGAUAAAAUGGACCACUAUUAUCAAUUUCCCACAAAUCUUUUUUUCACAUUCCUCAGGUUUUCUCUCGACUAUCAUUGGCCACAAUUUUAAAUUCCAAGACCAGUUGUUGCGGUGGCUAUCUGAGGUAGAAUAUGGCGAGAAGUACUGGGCUCCAUGCUAUAGAGGUACAAAGGAUGGUUGGUCAAAAGAAUCAUUCCAUGCUAAAUGUGAUAACGCAGGCCCGACAGUAACCUUGGCAAGAAGGGAGAAUUAUCUGUUUGGUGGCUUUAGUGAUCAUAGCUGGCAAAGUAAGAAUGUUUUCAAUCUAUCAUGAGUUCGUUUAGUAUUCAUACUCCAUGCAAGGUCAGAAACUCGGAUAUCUCAUCGGCUGAUGCGAACAUUGUCAAUAACUUCUGUAGCACGACUUUUAGGUGUUGACCCCUUAAAUGCCUAUACUGUUCCCCCAGCCCGGAUGUUAAAGGAAGAGGGCUGGGCAUGGGGCUGGAAAUCUCAUCCCCUUAAAAAACCUUAGGUCUAAAGCCAAAAAGUGUAGAGAGUUGAUGAAAAACUCAAGCGCUGACGUUUUUGCGACGCGAACGGCGAACAUAGCGUGAGAGCCAUAUCUUAAGGCGCGCUUCGACAUAAAAAAAUGAACUAGAAAGCGUGACCGCUUUUGAUAGAAUUUCCAGGACAAGCUCUAGGAAAAAAAACAAAAACCACUACCAAAUUCUGGCCUCUAUAUGCGUCUCAAAAAAGUUAAUGUCCAAAAACCUCUUCUUCCUCUUUCCCAGAAUUUCUUGAUUAUUAUAGCGAAAUCUUAGCUUCAACGUACUUGCGUUACCUUCACUUAAAAAUUGAUUAAAAUUGGUAAGUCAGAACCUUUACAAGUGAUGGCUAAAUUUCCCAAAACUCUCUCCAUUUUUGUUGCAGGUUAUAAUCCAGCACGAGUUAUUCCAUCGAAAAAAGCUUUCCUCUUCAGUCUGGAACCAGUCGGGAAUGAAUUUCCGAAAAAGCUGACCGUGCUGAGCGAGAAAACCUACCAAGCUAUAAGGAGUGACAAUUCCAAAGGGCCUUGCUGGGGUGAAGAUCAAGACCAGCUUUGUUUUAACGGCCAAGAAGUCACAACAGGAAUCAAUGUUGGUGGUGUCUUCAAUAUCAGUGGGAUUGCCAAUCCCAGCAGAUAUUUUCUGUUGGAUUCUCCUUCACCAGCUGAUGAAGUCGAAGUCUUUACAAUAUCAGGUGAAUUGGAAUGACACAAUGGUGCCCAAGAUAUUGUGCUAUUUCACUGAAUACACUCUGUGGAUCGAUUCGGUGCAAAGCUAAUUAAAAACCUGUCUGUGGAGUUAUAAACUUUUUUUGGGUGUGGAGAGUAGCCCAAGAUUGUAUUGGCUUUGCCUUGCUACGUUCUUUGAUUGAGACAGUCUCGCGGUAUGUUUAAAUUUUAAAUCAGUCGCAUGCUAACUAAGCCAACCAAUCGCGACUUGUUCCUUUUCCUUUAUUUAUUUACGCCGAUAUAUCUUUUGGGCUUUACAUUCUCUACUGCAGAGCGCUCUGUAAUGACAAUAGUACUGGUGGUGAUGAUAUGAUGAUGGCGAUGGGACGAGAAGAACUGAUGAAUAGAAAGCGAUAACUUUUGCGUUAUUUACAAAGGAACAUUCUCUGCAUAACCAUUCUUUUCUUUACUAGAUUCUUUGUGCGACCCACCCUGUUGGGAAGGAGAAACCUGCCAUGAGAUGACAGGAAAAUGUAUGUGUGAUCCAACCCUAAGAGGAGAAGAAAUGUGCCGAAGGAGACAACGUAAAUAUAAGAUAUAAAAUGAUUAAAUUGCAUUUCUCUACCAUGAGCCCAUCACCAUUCUCCAGGUAAACUGAUCUAUAAAUGAACAGGAUUAUAGCUGGUAUGCACACACGACGUCAAUCAUCGUACACUGUCCGGUAGAAUUGGAAGUAGGGAAAAUGUUUUGUUUCGUUUUCUACCUAUGAGCGUAAAGUUGGAGUAAACGCCUGACGAGCGUUUGCUAAAUUAAUGCGAUAUUUUUCCUCGUUUUUUGGGAGAGAUCAAAAAAUGUUUAACUGAGACAUUAACAGAGGCUGAUUGAUAUUUAAUUAACAAUUUUUUUCUUGCCUCUCUACGUUAGAGUUGCAAGUUUCUAGAGACAGACAUUGCUAUGAUAACUGGGCUCAUCGCAGGGCGAGUUACUGUAAUGGUCGACUAUUUGCUCGGUAUGACGUCAAGAAUGGCGAGACGUCACGCGAAUGGCGGUGUUAUUACGAAGAGGCACUCACCUGGGAUCGCAAGCAUUAUGACACGACGAAAAAGUCGCCCUGUUUCCACACAAAGAGUGGAUUAGAACUUUUCACAAAUGAAGGUGAAUUUGGAAAUAGAAGAGAAUGAUCUCGUCUUGUUUCCUGUUUCCCAUUUUCUGUUCUCCAUUCUUCGCUUUCCUUGCUCUUCAUGCUUUUCAUUUUGCGAUCUCUGUUCAGAGUGAGAAAGGCUAUAGUAGUCUCGAGACGUGUUAACGACCACAUGUAAAAAUAAAAUGCAUUUAAUUAUUCUAUUGUUACGCCAUUUUCUUCAUCAGGGCAACUGAACGUGCAAAAUGUGUGGCGUUACUCGAUUGUAGAACAAGGAAAAAAAGACGAACGGAAAGCGGAGAGAUAAAGAGGCCGCACUGGUUAAUCCAAGGGAUUUUAAGCAAAGAAAUCCUGGGUUCAUUCGGUUUUUUUUUCGGUGAACAAAACAUAUGGCUUAAUCAACAUAUAAUACAAGCUGCCAUUUUAAGAGCUGAAAUUUUGCACAUUUCUAUUAUUUUCGCCGGAAAGAUUUCUACGUAACCUGCAAAAUUUCUGCUAGUAUUAUAUGUUAAGCCAUCUUGUAAGGUGCACGUAUUGAAAUCCGCUCCCCAAUUAGCAUAUGGUAAAUUCAGCAACCAGUAACAAUUUAAUAGAAUGUACUCGUAGUCAGUGUAUUAAGUUUGCUUACGCAUACCGUCUUAAGGGUCAAUUUGAAUCCUGAGUAAGAAUCGAUUUCAAACAUUUCAUUGAUUGAAUUCCACAUAAUUUUCUUGUGUAUAGUUUGACAAGUCCCUGACCACCUGGACACAGUUGUUCAGGGGCAGAUAACACUACCCAGUGGAUAAUUCGCAAUUUAACAGAUAAGUGCUAACAAAAUGUACUAUGCCGUCAUCCGCCUAGAGAUUUGCCCAGUGGAUAGCGUUAUCCACCCUUCCGACAACCGAUAUCCACUGUUCUCCAACACCUUUUUUAUGCUUUUAUUUUUCAAGGAACAGACUGCAGAGCCCUGGGUAUGGAGAGUGGCUUCAUACUUGACUCCCAGAUCACUGCUUCGACUGAAUACAACUCUGCACACGCAGCAUGGUAUGGACGGCUGAAUUUUCGAGAGGGUAGUGGGAUUUGCGGUUGCUGGGCGGCACGGCAUCGCAACAACCACCAGUGGUUUCAGGUGGACUUUGUCAGGACUGUUUCUCUUGGUAAAGUAGCGACUCAAGGACGGGACAGCCAACAGCACCCCAUGUGGUUGACGAGUUAUUCUUUGUCUCACAGUCUGAAUGGUAUUGACUUUGCCUUGUAUCAACCGAAUGGCUCGCCAAAGGUAAACGCAUCUCGGCUCCCAUUUGCUCCUUACAUAUGAAAAACCUAAGGUCAUGCAUGUAAGGUCACGGUUAUUUCAUACGCCUGAAGCUAAAUACUCCAUAUGCCGGUUAUGGCAUAAUCAUCUCCACGAUAAUCAGCGGAGGACUCUAAAGAGGCAGCACACUAUUCGCACAUAUUAGGGCGCGCAGUAAGCUUCAAAGGUUGUGGUCUGGUCUUUGACUGUCAUAUAGUCAUGGUUAGGAAACACCGGAAGAUUCAGCGGAUAACUAAAAGUCCAAGGUUGAACUAAGCAGUAAUCAUUAUUUUGAACAGAUUCAAAACAAAAAAAUAAUAUCUUCGCUAUCGCUUAUAAGGAAAGUAGGAUGUUUUAAGAGCGACGUGUGCAGUUUAAACUUCCUCUUAAAUUUCCUUUACGCUUUUUUCAGGUUUUCAAUGCUAACGAAAAUGAGACUGCAAUUGUCUACCACACAAUCAAUCCAAUCAUAUUCACGCGCUACAUCCGGAUACUGCCACAGACUUGGCACAGUCAUGUAUCCAUGAGAGUGGAAUUCUACGAGUGUGAUGGUAACUAAUACCCUGUUCACACUAGUGCGAUUGAUUUAAAAAACGCAUCUUUGUUUACUCCAGUCUUUCUCAACGUUCACUCUUAAAUUCAAACCUCAGCCAGUGAAAAGAGGGUUUUCCGUAAAAGAUCCCCAAUCAGGGGAGGCUGAAAUCAGGGGCUAUUUUAAAAUAUGGAAGUAAAUCAAGAUAACAACCUCUAUCUGAUAAGUUUGAUUAUUUUUAAAGCUGUUUGUGGUAAUUAUAGUAAGAAGUUAUUUGUUGAUCACUUCUGGGAGUUAAAGGGUUUUUCAUUUGCUUCCCUGCUCGGUUGAAAGAGUAUCCUAACAGUGUCACACACAUCAUGGUUCAGAUCCCGUUGAACUUAAGUUCUUCCGAAAUGCAUAUGUGGGUACUUCCAUCGUGAAUGUCGUUUGUGCUUACAAAUACAACCUGGGGUGAUAAUUGAGUCAAUUUAGCUGGAUAUGUGCCAAUCCCUACCCCAUAUUCUGCGGCCAAUUAUAGACGCCAUCUUGUUCAUUUUUAGAAAAAACGUAUUUUCGCAAUCCCAUCUUAAUCACCCUUUAAGUGCGAACCUUUACACUUUUAAAUCACUACUAACCAGUAAUAUCUUACCCCUAAAACUCCGAAAAUACGACCCCAUCCAGUGGCACACCCCCACCCCUCGCGACCCAUUAGUAAGAAUUAUCCCACCCCCCCUAAGGAAAUGCAGUUAACUAAAUUUUUUUUGCUCAUUGACUUUCAAAUUUAUUGACAGGCCAUGAUGUUUUUGAUAUUGAAGACCUUUUUUUAGCUUCCUUAUACCUGUGGACGUUUGAUGAUAUUAACGACAUCAAAAACAUUCGAGGCACCACGUGGUCGAAACGGAGCAAAUCGAUACAGUCCGUCCCUGGCGUGCGAGGCCGCGCAGUGAAAACUGCAGGAGAAUCUGGAUCCAUUAAAAUAUCAGCUGACCAUCGUUCCCUAUUAGUUACUCCUUAUAACACCAAUGCGGUCACCUUAGCACUAUGGAUCUGCUAUGAAAGCCAGGGACCACAGGUCAGCCAGACUAUACUGGCCGCCGGUGAUCAAGCAAAUGGAGACCGAGGAAUCCAUUUAUAUCAAGCAGACGGAAGCAGCGAGGAGCUGACGUUUGAAAUUAAGUCUGCACUCAAGCUUUGUGUGGCGAAAUUUCGAGUUUCGCAGCGGAUUUGGACACAUUUGGUUUUUAUGUGGACAAGAGACAACCCUGCCAUUAUUUACCGUAACGGAGUGUCGGUCACGGAUUUGUCAAAUCACUGUCAUUCGGGAGAUUUUGUUGAUUUGAAUAAUAAUGCAAUAAUGAUAGGGUCUACUGCCCUUCCCAAAGCUUCUUUUGAUGACUUAAUUUUAUGGAAAGUAACGCUAUCGAAAACACAAGUUGAGAAACUCUACAGGUACUACAUGGGUAAGUGUUCAAAAGUCUAAGGGAGAAAAUUUAUAGCGAGAGUCAGUCGCUAUAGGAAAGACUCGUGACGUUAAUGAAAUUGGACAGCAUUCAGUUUUCAGUUAGAAGUUGAAGUAUUAAUUUGUAGGUUCAAAUAGUCGGAUCAUUGACAGUAUCUUAGCAACUGUGUACCUACGCCUCCCCUAAGCCAACUCUAACCCUAAUUUAUUAUCAGUUGACUUUUGUUGGGUUAGAGAAGGGGUAGGUGCGUAGUUGUUCACAUGCUGACGUUGAUCCAAAUAGUCAUUGAAUCCAGUGAAUCACCGUUGCUAGGAUGCCUUUUCGGAGAUUUAUGCACAUCGAAAAAUUGAUCAUCAUCUUUGUCCUUAUUUCGUGUCCCUAUUGACAGUAAUUUUGAUUCUUUAUCAACAGGUGCCGCAAAUCUUCACGUCAAUGUGAGCCUGAAAUUAACAGACGAAAUUUAUCAACAUGAAAUGUCCCAAAAGGAUUCGCAAAUGUUUAAAGAUAAAUCGUCUUCACUUAUGAGUCAGGUUAGUUUGACGUGUGAAUCUGCGUAUAUUGACAAUCAACGAAUCAUGCUUAAAAGUAAACAGAAAUGAAAUGAAGGUUAAGGAUCACAAGUACAGAAAAAGGAAGGAAAAUUCUCGUUUAUCAGUUGUUAUAAACCAGUCACUGAACCUUCCGCGACGCAAAGGGGGUGAACCUGGGCGGAUUAAGAAUUUAGGAACUGGACAAUACUUCAAGAUAAUUUAGUAUUAUUAACUGAGUUUUUAACGUAAACUGGCCACCAUAAAGAGUUUCAAAGCUGGCGUCUCUCGCGUUAGCCCUUCAUCAGAGCGAUUGGUGAAGGGCUAACGCUCGAAACGUCAGCUUUUAAACUCUUUACUGUGGCCAAUUUACGUUAUUAACUCAGUUGAUAAUACUAAAUUACCCUGUUGUUCUCUCUCACCGACGCAAACACCAUAGUUUCUUUAGAAACCUACCCCCUUUACUCUUUUAUACUUCAAUAUGCAGACCAAGAGACACGUUGUAGCUCCAACUCUCUAUAUCGGUGACAUACGUUUUACGUUGACAAUUUACCUAAUAAAGGAAUAAUCCCUUCACUAGAAACUGAUAAAUCAGUGCCUGGUUUUAUUCUGAAUUUUGCCAUUGGGUCUAGAAAAUACUAUUCAUUACCUUCAUUUACGUCUCAAUGAUUGCUUCGAUCGUCUCAAAAUUUUGUGAAUUUUUAUUGGAACGAUUUAAAGAAUCAUUUUAAAAGAAACCUUUUCCAUCCUUAAUACCUCAAGGAUCAAGUGCGAAGACACGUUCCUUAAAUUUUAACCCACGACUCGCAUAGCAAUGUAUAGUUACCCGUGAUGGGUCAAACCUCUCUAUCUACAACCAUUUUCUCUGAUACGGGGAUAUUUUUGAUGAUACUACUUCAUUGCUCACGAACAAUUCUCCUAUGAUCCAAUUAUGGCAGGUUUUAAGUCUCUAUACAGGAAAUCAAGUUUUAACAGUGGACAAUUUUGCGUUCUGGUAUGUCAUACUUUUCAUUAAACACUUGCAUCCUCACCUGAUCCAACUUUAAAAAACCAGUUCAUUCGUAGCUGUGGCUGUCAUAGUAGUAUAUUUUAUUUAGGCCCGUACAAGCCUGAAUUAUUUUUCAGGCGUUUUUUUCACUAUUGCUUAAGUAGUGUUCAUUAUUGUGAAGAUCGCUUUCAUGUUAAUUUCUUUAUACGCAAUUUACAUAUAUGAUUUUCAUGUAUUCACAGUCAUUUUAACAUAUUUUAGGUUUACUCUUCAUGAAAAACUAACAUGUAGUCACUUUCAUACAUACCUCAUUUACACUACUCGUACAAGUCUUGACAAAUCUUAGGGGUUAGUGCUCUGAAAUGUGUUGUUAAUGACUUAAUGACAUUUUUUCUAGGAAUAUGACAGUCUUGGGGGCUAACUUCACUGUACGUUUCAAAGGGACUGGAUAUAAAGAAAUAGAGCCACUUGAGCAUAGUAUUGUGUCAAGACAUAGGUUGGGUAACUUCGCGGUACAACUUGUUGCCAUAGAAGCCAAUAACGGUAAGUUUGUAACCAAUUUGAUUUAACUUAUUAAAGUGCUCCAGUUACCCUAAUUUGUUGAGGAUGCUCAGAUCAAGAUUUAGGAAAUAGGUAAAAAAGGUGUUAUAUUUACAGAGCUUUUUUACGUGAGUAUAGUGUGUGAUGUAGUCGGUCAGCGAUUGAAUACCGUUCGGUUAGUUAGCAAAUACCCUUUGCCACCUGUGACAAAUCGAGAUAAAAAAGAAGCAGAGUUCUAUUUUCAAUUUUGAUUCCCUUAAAUGGACCAUAUUGUUUGCAUGGUAAAAUUCCCACCUCGGUUACUGAGAUCGAUUUGGAAUACCCACUAUUUGAAGUAUAUCAAAGUAACUCUCUCUCUCUCAGAAUAGUUUUCUAGGCCGUCGAUUAAUACCGACAACAGCAACUAACUCCCAGAUGACUGAGUUCUUAUAUACAUGUAUAAAGUAUUCUAGAACAUUCCGGAAUCCUACAACACAGCUACCCUGGUAGAAUUAGGUCAUUAUCACAUAAUUUAAUAGAAGGUUGGGGAAGGUCUGGGGUUCCAUGUCGACUUGACGAGGCAUUCUAGAUAUUUCCAGAAAGAACUCUACUCAAGUCACUAGCCAUAACAGCAUUUGAAACUUCGUAAUAACCAAAUGUUAAUUUAUUGAAUGCUGUUAAACUUUAAUUCAGUUUACACGGAGCCACUUAAAAUCACUGCAAGAUGCAUCAACUCGACCGCAGUCUCUUUGUCAUGGAAUGAACCCGAAAAUUUGACUCAUGGAAUUUUUCGUGGAGUGGAGAUUUUAUACCGCUUGGCUGAUUCAUCGCAGAGGUUCUUAGUCAUGACAACAUCCGGGAUACCUGAGUACCAACUGGAAAACCUACUACCAUAUAGAGUGUACGCCAUUAGUGCCAGACCCCUCACUUUUCAAGGAGAAGGAGAGGAAAGUAGAGAAGUUUUUUUGAGAACAGGAGAAAGUGGUAAGUAUAACGACUAACAUCACAUAACAAUGUUUUAUCUCUAAAAUUAGCCAAUUUUUCUAUUACUUUUAAUAUUCCUGUGUUAAUAAAAAGUCCUUCUAAAUAGCUAGGGUGCAUUUUUAUAGCAUUUUCCCUUGAAAAAACCAAUGUUCUUGUGACCAGCGUGGCACGUUAUUGCACUCCAUCAAUAGUGUAAGUAGAUAUCCGCAAACUGUCAGGAAAAACUGACAAAUUGGCUGAGGCUUAUAAAAGAUUGAGUAUAAUCUCAUCCGAGAAGAGCAGCAAUAUUCCUGGUCGCUUUAAGCUUCGGAAAUCGGGGAAAGCUCAGACAUGUUGGGUCACUUGGCUGGAUUAUAACUUACCCCAUCGUUAUCAGUCCUUGUAUCUUUCUUGUCGGGAAAUACCUCGCGGGUUGAAGCUCCCUAAAGUGCGUUUUGAAAGAAAUUUCCAAGCGUGUUGGUUUGUUUAUUUAAUAAAAAUGACAGGACAUAUGUGGAUCGAUGUCCGUAUUUGAGCAACCGCAUACAAGUGAUGAAAAGUUUUGGUUAAUGUUGGAUAAGGGGAAGGUUAGGUGAGCAGAUACUGAAAAACUGACAUUGAUCCUUUCGAUCUACUAUUUGAAUAAAGUUUAGCCGUUGUUUACCAAAUCCGCGUUCUAAACAACCCUUAUUUUGGCUGAAUCUUUUAUAUAAUUAAACAUUUAUAUUUUUGUGAAGAGCGUCAAGAGGACCGAAAGCUAAAAGUAGAAGGACAAUUAUUGAACUAAAUCAACCCUCCUACAGUGAAAGCAUAAAGCUCACUGAUGCUUUAAAACCGUUGCUUGAAUCGUACUUCGAGUAAAAACCAGCCUUUAAUAUCUACAUUCUGAUGAAUCUGGAUGUCUAUCUUGUUAGAAAAAUGUCUCUGAGGGUAUCUUCCUUAUUUGUUUAUAGUUCCAACGUUAUCUCCGUUAAACGUCAGAGGAUUCCUUGAUAGUUCAGAGAGAAUCAACAUUACUUGGCAACCGGUCCCACUGGAGCAUCAUAAUGGUAUAAUUUUAGGUUAUUGCGUCGUGUACGGCACUCAAGGUGGAUUGUACAAAAAUGUGACGGUUAACGUUACUACCUUGUCGGUAGCACUUGGAAACCUACAGACUUAUACUCUAUACCACAUCCGUGUUGCAGCGUUUACAGUCAUGGGAGACGGAACUCUAAGUGACGCAAUUACAGUCAGAUCACAAGAAGGAGGUAGGUUAUAUAGGCAAACUGAAGCAAAUCAAAAAGGGAAAUGUUCGCAAUCUUCCACAACCAAAUUGGACACAGAGGUCAAACGUCGGGCAUGCGCGAGAGGAUCAAUUCUGGCUGGCCGAGUGUUACUUUACCGCUCAAAAUUUGACGGAAAAACGUCUUAAGAAACAACCGAUGUUUCGAAAAAUGAGCGGAAGAAAAUAAAGGCGUUGAUAGAAAUGUGUAAAAGGAAACAAAAGUAGGGAACAGAAAAACUCGAGACUUUUCGAACGCAAUGCUUCUUCAGUUACGGCACGAGCCAUAUGGGUUCCUGGUAACAGUUAUCCUGUUAAUUUACCAUUCUGUUUUGAGUUUAGACAAACCUCACUGACUUGUGUGGUUCUUGUAACUCUUUUGAGAAAACUUGGCUGUGACAGCCUGACAGCACGCCACCUAGUCAUUACAAUGUUCGCACAUGCGCAAUGGUUUCACUGCUGUAUUGCCAGAUUAGUUUUAUUAACACAUAGCUGUUUAAAAAAAGACUUUACAAACCUUAUCACUUCCAAGAUCUAAAGAUCCAUUCUCUGGACUAGAUGCUCAUAAAUUCUUAUAGUUUCAUCUCAGGGAAUUUGAUAACAUCCUGUUACCUCUCUCCUUAAAAUGUGUUGACACUGUACGAAGAUUUCAUUUUUGAUUGCAUCUAAGAACAAAAGGGUUAAUGUCUCUUGCUUAGUACAAAUCAUGGAACUCAUUUACUUUUUCAUUCAUCUAUACCAGUACCCAGUCACCCUCCUCCAAUUGUAAUGGCGCACAGCACAAGCUACUCAAGUAUUAAGGUCACGUGGCAAGCCAUUCCAAAGGAGCAAGCUCUAGGAGUUAUUAAGGUUUAUUUUGUAAGAGUGGUGGACGCUGAGAUUGAAUCUUUUAACUGCGGUAGCUUGUUAACAAACACGAUAUCUGGGCUGGAGAAAUCCAAGAUGUACAAAGUUCAAGUGGCUGGUUACACCUCCAAAGGACUUGGAAACUUUAGUCGGGAGGUCAAAGUGGUCACAAAUGUUGAUGGUAAGUUGUUGAGGUCACUUGAAAGAGAUAGCGCUCUUCUGGUGAGUCUCUUAUAAUAAAGCAGUGGUUUUACAAAAUGCGAUCAUGCCUUAAUUGUUUAACCCCCAAGAGUGACUGAUCUCUUAUUUCUCCUUACAAUAUCACCUUUGAAUCAAAAAUUAAGGUCAUGAGAAUAAAGGAACGGAACGAAAUAAAUCAAAACCACAGCAACGCUAGGCCUCUUUUGACUUUCAACUUAGAAUCUCUUUCUCAAGCUCAUAUCAUUUUCAAUUAAAUUAAUUUGUUUAAAGGUCUCCUUGGUUCAUCUAAUCGUUUAUGACUGACUUUUCUGGCCUUUGCUUGCAGGUUGUCGCGCUCUUGGAAUGGAAAACUACAACAUUUCAGACUCUCAGAUAACUGUAUCAUCUCAAUACGAUGACCAACAUGCCGCCGGCAACGCUCGAUUGAAUUUUAACCCCGUGGGUAGUCCCCUGGCAGGGGCGUGGUGUGCUGCUUCCAACGUUGCACACCAACAAUGGCUUCAAGUCGACUUUGAAGAAAAAGUUCCGGUGACUCAAGUGGCCACUCAAGGCAGAUUUUAUGAUGGCAAUGGACAGAAAUCCAAACAAUGGGUGAAAACUUUCUCGUUGAGUUACAGCCGAAAUGGUACCCUCUUUAAAGAUUAUGAACAGCUUGGAAACGUUAAGGUAAUCUGGGAUUUUAUUUCCACUCGUCGGUGCAAAGUGCACGUCACAUGUUGUCUAAAUGAUAUGAUAUUUAGAAAUGCCUCUAAAGUUUUGAGGAAAUGAAUUUUCAUAUGAACAUUCAGCGGUCCAGCUAAAUUUAUCAGUGGCCGUAAAGUCGCUCCUUUUAACAACCCUGUCAUUUGAGUUGUAAGCUUCUACAGUCUCCAUUCAGGCAGGUUUUCACCAGCGACAGAAUGGGAUACCUGAAAACGCUUACGACCCUGUGAAAAUCGAAAACAGGGGAAGUAAGAGAAGGCGUUAGCUUGAUGGAAAAUUAAAACGUUUUUAGUUACCUGGCGCUUCAGAGCCUAUGAUCCUUCGAAAAGUAGAUUAUUGGACUCGAAAAAAUGUUGCUGAAGAACCAACUAAUCAAAACACCAUUUCUCAGGCCAUUCGAUUUCAAUCUUAUGAGUCAAUGGAUACUAAGCGACGGAGUCAUAAGCGGCAACGAAGCUCUGAAUGCUUCCUUUUUCGGUCUACACCUCUAAUUACGAUUCCGACUGUGUCGUUAGUGAAAAUCAGCCUGUAAAAAUUACUUUUACGGUAGUAUCACCGAUAGUACAAAAACAUAAAAAUAACCCUCUCUAUUCCUUUCUCUAAGGCUGUAACCCAUAGAAGCAUAUUUAGCUGAACAGCCACAUUGAUGAGAUUUGCCUUAGGAUGUAUCAAGAAACCACCCCGGUUUUUUUCAUUCGCAGAUAUUUCAGGGUAAUUGGGAUAGCAACACGGUGGUUUACAAUGUCAUCACACCAGUGAUCUACACACGGUAUAUUCGCAUUCUGCCAAAGUCGUGGGAAUCUCAUUUAAGCAUGAGAGCGGAGUUUUAUACCUGUCAAUAUGGUAAAUACUUAAAAUAUACAGUUUUUACUUCACAGAGUUGAACGUUGAAUUCCUACAGUAACUACUAUUUCGCCGAUUGGGUCGCCGACAUCCCAGCAUAUCAUUACCAUGUUGUUCCAUGUCGCAAUGGCCCAAGAUAUGCCCUUAGGUCAAAAACAGUAAAAGUCUAGAGAGAAAUCUCCCUAUUCGUAGGUUAGAGUGUUCCUGUUUUUUUCUUUUUUGACAGAUGACGACAUUUUGGAGAGCUAUCAACGUCUUUCUAAAAAAACUGAAUGACAUCUUUAGUUUUCAAUGAGUAUUCAAAGAUUAGAUCUGAAGUGUCUUGCCAAAGCUCAACCAACGAGCUUCAGUUAGUACAGGAGUGAAGCCAUGCACGAGGGACAUCUGUAACAGGCCUCCUGCGAACAGCUAGGAUCGGCAAUGUCGAGGCGUCGCCAUUAUCCAUUUUUUGCCAAUGAAGGUUUUAGUUUAUUGAUAGGCACUCUGUAGCGCUUUGUAAGGGAUCUGAUCGCGACAUUGAAAUUUUGGAAUCCUGUUCAAGUUGUCAGGUUUUCCCCGUCUUAUUCUGAAGUAUUAUUCAUCUUCUUACAGAUGUCAAUGUCGAGCGCGUCAACUUAACAUCCUCUGUUCCGAGUUCAACUGGUGUCGGUCUUCAGUGGUCACCUCCGGACACGGAGAAGUUGGGAGAACCGCUGUCCGGAUACCGAGUGGAAAUUUUUGAUUUCCUGAGAGGAGAGCGUUUUAACUACACAGUGAACUCUUCCAUGUCAGGUGCAAACCUGGACAUUUUGAAACCGUUUACACCGUAUGAGUUUAAAGUUUAUGGCUUCACAAGUUCCUGGGAAGGCAAUAUUACAGACAUAAUCAGCUUGAAAACACAUGAAGACGGUAGGUUUUAGAACCGCGGUACAUAUGGUACAUUCAGGGUUUUUAGCUCUCUUGGGAAGUGAUAGUAUGCAAUAGCUUAAUGUGAACGUUGUUAUAUGUCCAGGAAAGCAUUAAACAUCGUAUUCAGCUAAGAAAACUAAGGAAAGACUAGAGCGCUUUAAUUUUCAAUUGAGUGUUGUAAGACCAGGACCGAAGUAAUCACAAUGGCAAUUAGAACGAUGGACGGAACAGGCGCGUAGGGGAAUCGCUCGGAAAACGCGAGAAACUAAAACGAAUUGGUUCUAAUUUAAAAACUGAUCGGUUGAGGAAGUAGUAGGGCGAGAUUUCUUGAACAAUCUCAGAGCGAAAUGGCGCAAAACCAAAGCAAUCUUGGACUACCCCGACACUCAGUUGAAAAUUUCUCUAUCGAUUCAUUUCCUUUUCGCAAUUCAGUCAAAGAAGAUUUGAACACAACCAGAAGGUUAAACAACCGUGAGAAUGUUCGGACGUUCGUAAGUGUUCGUGGUUAACCCGAAUACUUCCGUUGAUGGUUGACUGUGAACCUUUUUUUUUCAGCUCCAAGUCAAUCUCCAAGAAAUUUCACUCUUAAACACACCACAAAGUCGGAACUAACCUUCCAGCUAAAACCAGUGGACGAGUACCAUAUCAAUGGUGUACUGCGCGGCUACAAAGUCACCUAUGGUGAAAGCAAUUCUCCAAACGACACGUGGACGACUUUAGUUAUCAACGCUACUCACGGCAGGCGUAGGAGGAGAAGCACUGAGAACGAGACACUUAGCUUCAGUCUUCACAAUUUAAAGAAAUACACCACGUACACAAUUACUGUGUUGGCUUUCACCAUCAAAGAUGGUGUUCCAACAUUGGCGGCAAACUUUACCACAGCAGAAGAUGGUAUGGCAUGAUAUACUGAAUCAAUUUUUUACUCAAAAAUAUAGUUAAUGUUCAAGUCCUAAAUGUAUCUACGCAUGUGUAUUUAUACUUGAUUGCCACCCCCCUCCCCCCCUCCCCCAAGCCAUGGGUGGGGCUUUUCAGGGCCAAUAUGAAUGAAUGA